AUGCUGUACCUGACGAAGGUGAUCAGCAACGCCUGCCUGGCGAUCCUGAACUGCGGGCUGUGCCUGUCGGCGACGAACCUGGCGCGGAUGAUGCUGCUGAGGGACUUCAAGAUCUGCCCGGAGGAGCACAUGAAGUGCGACAAGGAGAAGUGGUACUUCGCAACGUUCUACUUCACUCUGUAUAUGAGCGCCUUCUUCGGGUGUCUCAUCUCGCUGUACUUUAAAAGCACCAACAGGAGAAAGGGACUCAUGGGGAUUCACUAUCUAUACAUUAUUGGAAGCCUUUUGACGAUUUACAGUUCCCCCCACAUAAUCAUUUUUUUAUUUUCCCAAGCGUUUUUCGGGCUAGCUAUUGGAGGUUCCGUAGUGACUGCAUCUUGUUACAUCUUAGAAUACGCACCUAAGGAGCACCAGAAAUUCUAUGGGUUCUACAUUCAAAUUUUUUUCGCUCUAGGGUUAUUGAUUAGUUACAUUUUCGGAGCCAUGUACGCGAAUAUGCGUUUCUCCAAUCCGAAGACGACUUACUGGGUGUUGACUGUGCUGUAUAAGCUUCACCUGGCCUUGCCCCUCCUCUUCAGCGUGGUGUCUUUGCUUUUAUUUUCCCUCGUAUUCACCCUGGACACCCCCCUACAUCUGUACGAAUCUAAAAAGUUCAAAAAAUUCGACAAGUUGAAGAGCAAAAUGAAGAUGGAUCAGUUUGACGAGAAGGAAGAGUACCACAAGAAUGAGAGGACAAAAGAAGUGAGCUUACUAGGAAAGGACUUAACAGUAGUGGAUUUAUUUCAAAACGAGGUUUUACGGAAGACCUCCUUUGUGGGUAUGCUGCUCUGUUUUUUAUACUCUCUUAAUGGGUCCUUUUUAUUCUUCAACGCCAUAUUUUUAUUUUUUAAGGCCUUUCCCACUACCAUGGCUAAUACCUUUGUGUCCGUCGGCUUCGUUCUGCUUUACCUAAUAAGCUCCAUCGUGUGCACCAAGUUAAUUCAGGCGUAUAAGAAGAAGGACCUUUUAAUUACUGGGCUGGUUAUACAAGCCAUUUCAGCCGCAUGUCUAGUUGGCUCCUACUUCCUGGAAUUUACAUCCCUCCUACAUAAGGUGAUGCUAAUCGUUGCCAUUGCUUCCUAUUUCGUUGGCUUGUCUCUAGGGUUUGGGCACAUGAUUUGGACUCAUGUGUUUAAUUUAUUUCCCAAGGAGUGUAAAGUGGUGGGUGCCUUCUUCUCCUACUACUCCCUUUUCCUGGGUGCCUUCCUCAUUUCUGUGCUGCUCGAGUUUAUAAGCGCCAAGUACUACUCCUACCUCUUCAUCCUCUGCCUGGUCUCCCUCUCCGUCUCCAUCGUCUCCUUCAACAAGUGCUACAAGGACGAGCGCGUCGCCAUCGCCCGGCACCCCUCCGUGGACGACUAG